AUGGCUGCUGAUAAUGGGGCCGAGAUCGAUCUCUAUGACAAUAUCGAGGAGGAUUUCGUUCAGGAUUCUUCCGAGCUUACAGAACUGUAUGACGAUGUUAUCGCACCACCUUCAUCCGACACGACUAGCCAUAACGACAUCAAGCCAAAUUUGGCUACCCCUAGUGCCACACAUACGGGAAGGAGAAUCGCAACUUAUGUGGGGAAUCUUACAUGGUGGACGACCGAUGUUGACCUGUAUACUGCGUUCAAUAACCUAGGGAUAACAGAUAUUUUGGAAAUUAAGUUUCAUGAAAAUCGUCAGAAUGGGCAGUCGAAGGGAUUUUGCGUUAUCGUGUUCGGCUCGGAACAAUCUGUUCGUACUGCAAUGGAAAAGCUGUCAAAAAUCGAGAUAAAUGGCCAAACACCGGUUAUAACAUACUGCACUAAGCACAACCUAAGCCUUUUUGAAAAAGCUGCUGGCGGAGAAGGUUCCUUACCUAGUACAUCCGGUGCAAGAGAUCACGGAGCUAGUUCCACAGGCCUUCUCGGUGUUGCAUCAUCAUCUGGAACAUCUUUGUCGGGAACGCGGAGCGCUGACAACGGAAGACUGCCCCCACCUCUUAUGGGGACGCCAGCUCUCCCCGCCUCGCUGGGGUUCAGCAUGCGCGGCAACACAUCCUUGAUGGGUCGCGCUUCCGUUCCGUCAACACGCCAAUCGACUGCAGCUCUGCCGUUGGGCUUGUCAGGAAUACCACAGACCUUCCAAAGUGAGAUUCAUUGGUUCCUAUACUUUCUUUUAGGUCUUCUUAUGUCCAAUCCUCUGGGAAUUCUUCCAUCUGGGCUGCAGCAAAAUCAAGGUUCCGGGCUAAUUCCUCCUGCCUUUGGUCUUGGCGGUGGCGCUGCGACCUCACUGGCAGGCGCGAAUGCUCAUAUAAAUCCAAAUUUCUUCCAGCAA